CGUGUUAAAUAUUUUAAUUUAAACGUUUUUAUGUGAUUGUAUUAUUUACUUAAAGAAAAAGAAUUGAAACUAUUAAAAAAUAUUAAAAAAUGAAAAAACUUGCAAAAAUCAUACUUAUACUAAUGGCUUUAGAUAACUUGUUUUGUGAUGAAGUAAAGUUUCCCACAUUAAACUUUCAAUUUCUCAACGAACCAAGUGCUCCAAUACAAACAAGAGUCAAUGAUACCAUAGAAUACUCAUUUCUUCUGCAAAAUAUUAACACAAGCGACAUAUAUGAAAACAAUACUUCUGUGAUCAAAAUCUCUAUCACAAUAUUAUUGUCACCUUUUGUGAAAAUUCAACAUGCUUCCUAUUUACACCCCAACACAAAAUAUCUUAUUGAAAAAAAUGGCAAUGUUAAGCUUCAGCUUGAGGAAUUGGAGUUAUCAAGAAAAGCAUAUUUUAACUUUACUGCUCGGAUAUCUGAUGAGUUUUUACAACCUGGUUUUCAUAACGUUUUAAGUGUUGUUAAACUAUCUUAUGAUUAUUUUUCACCUGUCAAAGAAAGGAGUAAAGAUAUCACAGAACAAUCUUUUAUUGAGAAGUUACCUAUUGUUAUUCAAGGAUGUGAGUCACCAUUAGGAAUGACAGAUGGCGCUAUAAGUUUUUAUCAAUUUUCCUAUUCUUCUGCUUAUGAAGAUCUGUUGCCCGAUAACGCACGAUUUGGCAAAGAUGCUUGGUGUGCUAGCAUAAAUGAUGACAAACAAUAUGUGGAGGUGUUGUUUCAAUCAAAGUCAAAAAUUACAGCCAUCUCUACAUGGGGAAGAAAAACAUUUGCAUCCUGGGUUAAAAAAUAUAAGCUCAUGUUUAGUGAUGAUGGUAUUAAAUGGGAAUACUAUUCUGAAAAUGGAUAUGGAGCAAAGAUUUUUAUUGCUAACAUUGAUCAAAAUACUGAAGUGAAACAAUGGUUAUUGAAAGCUAUAACUGCAAAUUAUUUGAGAAUUCAGCCUAUUGAUUGGCAUGAAGCCAUUUGCUUGAGAUUUGAAUUGUAUGGCUGCCAACACAGCACUGUCAGAAACUGUAUUAAUCCAUUGAGCACAGAAAUUAGUGAAGAAUUUUUAAAAAAUCAAAAAAUUGCUUCCACUUCUAUUGAGUAUAAAUCUGCUGAAGAAAAUGUUUUUAGAUGGAAGGUUGUUACAAGUUCAGAAUGGCUUCAAAUAUAUCUUGGGUCAAUAUACAUGCUGACAAAAAUUGUGUUGCAAGACUUUCACAACAGAAAUGUAUCAAGUUACUUGGUCCAUCAUUUAAAUAUUGGAUACAGUAACAACACAAAAGAUUGGUCUUAUACAAAUAAAAAUAAUCAGCAUGUUGAUGGAUAUCUAAAAAUAACUCUCAGAAAUGAUACUUUUUUUAUUGAACUACCUUCUGGAGUUGUUGGAAGGUAUUUGAGAAUCAGUCUUAAUAAUACCUCAUUUUCAAAAAUUAUUGUGACUGAGUUAUAUGGUUGCCUAUUUGAGAAGAAUCUUCAACAUGAAAGUGUUCUCUCUUUUUCCUCUAAACUAAAGUUGUCAAGAAGGAGUAUAUUACUAGACUCUAACCAGCAAUUGUUUGUAUGCCUUUAUAAUGAUAACAGAUUGAGUCCAUGUUGUCGGAAAACACUAGAUGGAAAAAAUUGGAAAGAUAUGCCUUCUAAUGUCAUGAGUAUCAUUUCUUACUUAAACAAAACUGGAAAAGUAUUUGCUGUUGAUCGUGACAUGAAUAUUUUAAUAAACCGGUAUGGCAGUGAUGAAUGGCAAUCUGUAUCAAGAGAAGAAUGGGACCAAGUUGAGAGCUCAGAACACUUGUUAAAGGCAUUAAAUAUUGAGGAUAUUCUACCGUAUAAUGAGCCUAUUGACGCCUUGACAAUAAAGUCUGGCAAGCAUAUAUGGGGAGUAUCAAAUAAAGGCGUACAUCUGAAACUACAGGGAGAAUGGAGACUUGUUAGCUCGUGGGUUUGCUGCGAAUAAAAGACGCAAAUAAAAAUUUUUGAAUAGAUUUUAGUAUUGUAACCUUAUUUUUUUAUGACACACGACGACAUUUAUUUCGAACUUGUCAAUAAUAAAUAUGAUAAAAUAGUUAUGUUAAUUUUGAUUAUGAUUAUUAAUUAUGUUGAAAAUAUAAAUAUGAAGGUAUAAUGAAAACAUAAAGGUAUAAACA